AUGGCUACCGACUCUUGGGCCUUAGCUGUAGAUGCACAAGAAGCUGCCGCAGAAUCGAUAGGAUCAUUGCAAAUUAAAGACAGAGGAGAUUACUUCAAAUCAGCAUCAAAUGGGACAGUAAAACCUGGGGAUGAUGGUGACAAGUCAGAGGAUGAGAAAGAGGACAGAGCUGCACAGUCACUCUUGAACAAACUGAUAAGAAACAAUCUUGUCAACACAACCAAUCAAGUGGAGGUUCUACAAAGAGACCCCAAUUCACCGCUUUACUCUGUCAAGUCAUUUGAAGAGUUGCGAUUAAAGCCUCAGCUGCUCCAGGGGGUCUAUGCCAUGGGCUUCAAUAGACCCUCCAGAAUCCAGGAGAAUGCUUUGCCCAUGAUGCUAGCAGAACCGCGUCAGAACUUGAUCGCCCAGUCUCAAUCAGGCACAGGUAAAACAGCUGCCUUUGUACUGGCCAUGCUUAGUCACGUGGACCCAGCUAAUAAAUGGACACAGUGCCUGUGCGUUUCUCCCACAUAUGAACUGGCUCUGCAGACUGGCAAAGUCAUUGAACAAAUGGGAAAGUUUUACCCUGAAGUCACAUUGGCAUAUGCCAUUCGAGGCAACAAACUGGAGCGUGGCAUGAAGGUUCAGGAGCAGAUUGUGAUUGGCACACCUGGCACAGUCCUGGACUGGUGCCUCAAAUUCAAGUUCAUCGACCCCAGGAAGAUCAAAGUGUUUGUUUUGGAUGAGGCUGAUGUCAUGAUUGCCACGCAGGGCCAUCAGGACCAGAGCAUCCGCAUCCAGAGGAUGCUACCUAAAGAUUGUCAGAUGCUACUUUUCUCUGCCACGUUUGAAGACUCAGUGUGGAAGUUUGCAGAGCGUAUCGUUCCAGAUCCAAAUAUCAUUAAGCUGAAGCGAGAAGAAGAGACUUUGGACACCAUCAAGCAGUACUAUGUCCUUUGCGACAGUAAAGAGGAGAAGUUCACAGCACUUUGCAACAUCUACGGGGGGAUCACCAUUGCUCAGGCUAUGAUCUUCUGUCAUACUCGGAAGACAGCAGGCUGGCUUGCAGGACAGCUGUCCAAAGAAGGCCACCAGGUGGCUCUACUGAGUGGAGAAAUGGUGGUUGAACAGAGAGCAGCAGUGAUUGAGCGCUUCAGAGAGGGCAAAGAGAAAGUUUUGGUCACCACCAAUGUUUGUGCUAGAGGAAUUGAUGUGGAGCAGGUGUCUGUGGUAAUCAAUUUUGACCUCCCUGUGGACAAAGAUGGGAACCCAGACAAUGAGACAUACCUACACAGGAUUGGUAGGACUGGACGCUUUGGGAAGAGAGGACUGGCCAUCAAUAUGGUUGACAGUAAACAUAGCAUGAACAUUCUCAACAGAAUUGAGGAACAUUUCAAUAAGAAAAUUGAGAGGCUGGACACAGAUGAUCUUGAUGAAAUUGAAAAAAUCGCAAACUGA